UUAGUGACCAUGUCAGCUGAGAUUUUCGUGGUGCCCUUCUUCGGGCAAGGUCAUCUUUUUCCUUGCAUUGAGCUAUGCAAACGCAUAGCUUCUAGAAAUUUCAAGGCAUCCCUCGUCAUUGCGUCCCACCUCGCCUCCUCUAUACCAUCCUCUCUCCGCGACUACCCUUUAGUCCAAAUCCAUGAAGUCCCAUCGUCCCUUAUGCCUCCGUCCGAACCAGGGUCACAGUCGCCCCCACUUCACGCGCACCGUAGAAUUCACGCCCAGCUAGCUCUAGGGAUCGAGAAGCUCCUCUCAGUCGGACCCGAUAAUCCCAAUCCACCCCGACCCAUUUGUGCCAUCCUUGACGUCAUGAUGAACUGGUUGUCUGAUUCUUUCCAAAAAUUUCAAGUGCCCACAGUAGCGUUCUUUACCUCCGGUGCUUGCUCUGCCGCAUUAGAAUAUGCCAUUUGGAAAGCCAACCCCGAAGAUAUCAAACCCGGCGAAAUCCGAUUGCUACCCGGAUUACCAGAUGAUGUUGCGCUGGCCUCCUCGGAUCUCAAACGACGGCCACACGGCCCUCCACCACCAGACGAUGGUGGACCACCACUGGACAUCGGAGCAGGGCCGCGAAUGAGGGGACCGCCUAAACCCGGUGACCAACCACCUUGGCUAGAAGAUGCAAGAAAAACAAACGCGAUGAUGAUCAACACGUGUGACGAUCUGGAGCGUCCAUUCAUUGAAUACAUUGCGAAACAAACCGGAAAGCCGGUUUGGGGUGUAGGCCCGCUCCUGCCUGAGCAUUAUUGGAAAUCCGCAGGUUCUCUCGUUCACGACCAGUUGGUUCGAACGAACCGGCGGUCCAAUGCUACUGAGGAGGAAGUGAUCCAGUGGUUAGAUUCAAAGCCGCAUGGUUCAGUUCUGUAUGUAUCAUUUGGAAGUGAAGUGAGUCCAACAAUGGAAGAAUACCCACAAUUAGCUGAAGCAUUGGAGUCUUCAGACCAACCUUUCAUAUGGGUGAUCCAACCCAAUGCAGGAAAACCGGGUCCUCCACGCUUGUUGGCAGGUAAAGAGCCUGGUUCACAUGUGGAAGAAGAAGAAGAAGGCUAUUUUCCUCACGGGCUAGACAGAAGAGUGGGAAAAAGGGGUUUGAUCAUAUGUGGGUGGGCACCACAGUUGUUGAUACUAAGUCAUCCGUCAACGGGUGGAUUUUUAUCACAUUGUGGUUGGAACUCCACGGUGGAGGCUAUUGGACGUGGGAUCCCAUUUUUGGCAUGGCCCAUUAGGGGUGACCAACACCAUGAUGCCAAGUUGGUGGUGGGCCAUUUCAAGGUUGGGUACAUGAUCUCUGAGGAUCUCUCUCAAAUGGUGAAAAAGGAUGAUAUAGUGAAGGGAAUAGAGAAGCUGAUGACUGAUAAACAUAUGAAGAGCAGGGCUGAGGGUCUUAGGGCUAUGUUUCAGGAUGGGUUUCCAAGGAGUUCAGAGGCUGCUUUAGAUAAUUUCACUCAUUAUAUCAACCACUAAGUGAAGUACGGAAUGUUUAGAUUAGCAUUUCAGAGAUGAUUUUCGGAUGUUUGAAAUAGCUACAUAGAAAAAUAUUAUUUUGACUUGUAUAAAAAUAUUUUUGUUUGAGUGAAAGAGAUUUUAUUGCUCAAAUAUACACGGAGAAUACAGCUAGAAAAGAGGGCAACAGGAAAUCAAAGCGAUUAUCUAGCGAGUACGAAAUUCUCAGAAUCAAAAGUCUCAAUGGUGUGCUCGGCCAGGGAAAUUGCUUCAGUAACCGGGCAGUACUGUUCCAAAGUUUCCAGCAGAUUAUCCCGAAGAAAGUAUUCCAAAAUGGUUCCUUUUUAUCUCUACGAAGCUUUCUCAUGAACCAUUUCUAUAAAGGUUGUGUUAGAAAUUGGUGGAAAUCCGGUUCGGGCAUGACAAUGUGCCAACACCUAUCUGCAUUUCUGCAACUUCGGAGGACGUGGUUCAGAUCUUCAGGCUCAUCCCGGCAUAUCUUGAAAUGUUCUGCAUUUGUCAUGUCGCCUGACUUGCUCACAAUUUGUUAAUAAGAUUAUUUUUAUUAAUUGAUAGUGGUGUUUUCCAAACA